AUGCAGUUCACUCUCAUCACCGCUUUCGCCACUGCCUUCCUGGCCUCCUUCGUGGCCGCUAACCCUGCUCCCGCCCCGGCUCCCUUCGAGAUCGGUAUCGGUGCCAACGCUGCCGCUAACGCCGCUGCUGAGGUCGCUGCCAACGCUGGUCUCGGUGCCGGUGCUGGUAUCCACUUCAAGGCUUAA